CGUGUUUUAUUUUUGUCAGACUGCUCGUUGCCAUUGGCCUGAGAGAGGAUGCAGGCAAAGGGGGCGGGACCGAGCGCACAGUUGGGGGUAGGUGCGGUAGUGCGGCGUCUGAUGCGUGCAUAAAGACAACACUCAGCAGCAGGACGAACACGCUCGGAAGACACCGAAAUGCACACAAAAUGCUGCGUCCACGAGCUGUGACCAGCCGCUGGAUGUGAAGAAAAUAACCAAACACCGGGGGAAUAGAGCCUCUGAAGCGCGCGCUGGCAGCGUUCUUGCCGCAGAUUCCAGUAGAUCCCCGCUGAUGCGCUUUCGCUGUGCAUGAAUCCCUCUGUUUGGUUUGCACGUUCAGUACAAAACCGAGCGGUGUUGACGACUCCGUGGAGCCUGUGAGUGCACCUUAUCCGCCUCUCUGUACACCUACGCCCCCACCCCUCUGCACUCCUCCGCGGCACCUGCUUCAGGAUGGCCUUAACGAUCUGCACGCGAUUCACCGACGAAUAUCAGCUGUUCGAGGAGCUGGGGAAGGGAGCAUUCUCUGUGGUCAGGAGGUGUGUGAAAAUCUCAUCUGGACAGGAGUAUGCUGCUAAAAUCAUCAACACCAAGAAGCUUUCUGCCAGAGAUCACCAAAAGCUGGAGAGGGAGGCAAGGAUUUGUCGUUUACUAAAGCACCCGAAUAUCGUAAGACUCCAUGACAGCAUAUCAGAAGAGGGUUUCCACUAUCUGGUGUUUGAUCUGGUGACAGGCGGAGAGCUGUUUGAGGACAUCGUAGCCAGGGAGUACUACAGUGAAGCUGAUGCCAGCCACUGCAUACAGCAGAUCCUGGAGAGUGUCCAUCACUGCCAUGUUAAUGGGAUUGUUCACAGGGAUUUGAAGCCUGAGAACCUUCUGUUGGCCAGUAAGCUGAAGGGGGCGGCGGUCAAGUUGGCUGACUUUGGGCUGGCUAUCGAGGUACAGGGGGACCAACAGGCAUGGUUUGGUUUUGCCGGCACCCCUGGGUACUUAUCCCCAGAGGUCCUGAGGAAAGACCCUUAUGGGAAACCAGUUGAUAUGUGGGCCUGUGGUGUGAUUUUGUACAUCCUCCUUGUGGGUUACCCUCCUUUUUGGGAUGAAGAUCAACAUCGCCUCUACCAACAAAUCAAGGCAGGGGCCUAUGAUUUUCCAUCCCCAGAGUGGGACACUGUAACUCCAGAGGCCAAAGAUCUCAUUAACAAGAUGCUAACUAUCAACCCCAGUAAGCGCAUCACCGCUGCAGAGGCUCUCAAACACCCCUGGAUCUGCCAACGGUCCACCGUAGCCUCCAUGAUGCACAGGCAGGAGACUGUGGAGUGCCUGAAGAAAUUUAAUGCAAGGAGGAAACUCAAGGGAGCAAUCUUGACCACUUUGCUGGUCACAAGAAACUUCUCAGCAGCCAAAAGUUUGCUCAACAAAAAACCAGACGGCGUUAAGGUCAACAACAAAGCCAACACAGUGACCAGUCCUAAAGACACUGGCCCUGCCUCUGCACUGGAGCCACAGACAACUGUGAUCCACAACCCUGUAGAUGGAAAUAAGGAAUCCAUUGAAAGUGCCAACACCACCAUUGAGGAUGAAGAUGUAAAAGCCCUCCGUUUGGGCAGCUUAGUGAGCGGGGUCUUGAGUUCAAAGAGUCGCUCCUCACAGAUGUCUGACUCGGGACAGACUCCCACCUCCUCAGUUCAGACCUGCACCAAUAACAAUAAAGCUCGUAAACAGGAAAUUAUAAAAGUUACUGAGCAGCUGAUUGAGUCUAUAAAUAAUGGAGACUUUGAAGCUUAUGCGAAGAUUUGUGAUCCUGGUUUGACGUCCUUCGAGCCUGAGGCCCUGGGUAAUCUGGUGGAAGGACACGACUUCCAUCGCUUCUACUUUGAGAAUGCGCUGUCUAAAGGAAAUAAGCCGGUGCACACUAUCCUCCUGAACCCACACGUGCAUCUCAUUGGGGAAAACGCUGCAUGCAUUGCUUAUAUCCGGCUGACCCAGUACAUGGACGGGAGUGGCAUGCCGCGCACCAUGCAGUCCGAAGAGACCCGUGUGUGGCAACGUCGUGAUGGAAAGUGGCAGAACAUUCACUUCCAUCGCUCAGGCUCACCCAGCAUCCCCUCUCAUUAAUGGAAUAUCAGUGUGUGAAAAAAAAAAUCUAGUGGAGCAGUCAACUAGCCAACCCUCCUGACAGCUCUUUAGACCUUUGACCCUUCCAUAAGGACGUGACGUCGCACAGGAUACAAGCAUUAUUACAUUUUACUGUUAUGGUAUUUUCUGAACAGACAAUAUCCAAACCCACCACUGGGUGGCAGCACACUGUAUUUGGACAUUAUGAAAAACAUAUUGAGAACAUUUUGUUUUUCCUUUUUGGUUUGUUUUUUAAACGUUUUUGGUAUGCAUUUUAAAUAUGAAACGAGAUGUUUAAAAAUUCCUCUACUGUAACCUCUCCUGAAGAUUAGUUCUGUAUUUUUACGUGUAUUUCUGUGUGUGCAACUCGAAAACCAUUUGGGAGAUCAGAAUGUUCAAAAAUUGAGCUUGCUUUAGUUCUGGUGAUGUAUAUACAACGUGAUUGUUGAUGAAAAGAAAACAAACAAAAACAAACACCAAAUCUGCUACUCUUGCUAUCAGAAGACUUGAGAAUUUCUGUAAAAUCAAGUUUAUGAGCUACAUUUCUGUUUGCUAUGAGCUGUCAUACUGUUUAAAUUGUCAGAUUUCAAUCUAUAGUACUAAUUUAAAUGUAAAGAAAAGCAGAGUAGCUUACACUUUGCAUUGAGAUAUGUUUGCCUUUAUAUCAGUAAAAUAAGAAAUAAGAGAAUGUAGCAUAUAUGUAACAUAUGAAAAUCCGAGAUUUAUUGUGUAGUGCAUGGAGGGGGUGGGGGGUGUUACCAUGAGUAAGAUCAUAUGAAACUAAAAAUAUCUGCUGUUUUAAUUUGUCAGUCACUGACUUGUUUGCAUUUGUUAUUGUUGUGCAUCAGUCCUGUCCCAAACUGUUUCUAAUGUCCUCCAGUGUCACGAAAGUGUUGUAAAAUAAUAAUAAUAAUAAUUUAAAAAAAACAUCUUAUCUAAACCUCAUGUUGAACAGGAGGGAAAUAAAACGUUGGCUGCCGAAGUACCCCUUACAUUUUGUAUAAAAAAAAAAAAAAUUAACGGAAACAAACACAA